AUGGCUUCCUCCAGCUUGAGGGAUAAUCACGACAAGACUAAUAGUAAAAGAAGUCGUUUAGUACUCUUCCCAUUGCUAUUACAAGGACAUAUAAAUCCCAUGAUUCAGCUGGCUAACAUCCUUCACCACAAAGGAUUCAAUAUUUCUAUCAUCCACACCAAAUAUAAUCUCCCAAAUCUCUCUGAAUACCCUCAUUUCAUCGUACACUUAAUACCUGAUGGUUUAUCAGAAACUGAAGCUUCCAUCUCAGAUGCCAAUUGUAAAAAGAAAAAAGCCUCGGGGCUCAUUUUCAACACAUUUAAGGAGUUGGAAGAGCCUGAAUUUGACAAACUUCAAGAACAGUUCCUCGUUCCUACUUUUGCAAUUGGCCCGUUUCAUAAGUACUUUGCAGCCUCCUCAAGCAGUUUAUGGACAUAAGAUCGAACCUCUAUCUCCUGGCUGGAUACUCAAGCACCCAAGUCAGUGAUCUAUGUGAGUUUUGGGAGUAUUGCAGAAAUGCAAGAAGUUAAAUUGAUUGAAGUGGCGUGGGGGUUGGCCAAUAGUGCGCAACCAUUUUUGUGGGUUGUUCGACCUGGAUUGGUGAAUGGCUCGGAAUGGCUUGAAAUCUUGCCGAAGGAAUUCUUGGAGGCAAUUAGUAGAAGGGGAUAUAUUGUAAAAUGGGCUCCUCAACAAGAAGUUCUAUCUCAUCCUUCUACUGGUGGAUUUUGGACUCACAGCGAAUGGAAUUCGACUUUAGAGAGCAUUUGUGAAGGUGUCCCAAUGAUAUGUUCGCCUUUCUUUGGCGAUCAGAAGGUAAAUUCCAGAUAUGUGAAGGAUAUUUGGAAAGUCCGGAUUAAGUUGGAGAAAGGGCUGGAUAGAGUUGAAAUAGAAAGUGCAAUAAAAAAACUAAUGGUGGGGAAGGAAGAGGAAGAUAUGAGGAAGAAUAUAAUGUGUUUGAAGGAAAAAUUAGAUCGUUAUCUGAAACCAUGCAGUUCUUCAUACUGGUCACUUGAUAAUUUGGUUGAUUUCAUUUCAUCUUUCCGACCUCCUGUUUGAUCCUUCGCAACCAUGGUUUUUUAAUAUUUUGUUGUCUCGUUUGAUUAUUUCUCUAAUGAUUUGAUUGCAUGUUUUUAUUAUUAGUUGUUAGCCUGUGAUUUGAAUCUCUCUUUAUAAUUCUUAAAAGAGAAUUAGCCCAGAAUAUACGAUAUGAAAGUUGGUGAC